UUGUAAGUUAUUGAAAGAUUGGAAGGUUGCCAAAAUAUUAAUUCGUGAUGAUUCCAUUUUCAAACGGAUUUAGCAUGUACGGCCAACUAAAAUCAAUCACCAACAAACCACCGAAGCAGCUUACAUUCUGCACGGAUUUCGACAAAACUAUAGUUAUUAACACGUUUAUCGAACGGGGGUGGAAGCAAGUCGAGCCCACAGAAGCUUGGAAUGUGUACUGGGCGAACACAAGCAACUGCCGUUCCAUAUUCAGCGCAGAUAAUGGCAUCAUACUCAACGACUACCAACUCAUCAACCAUUUCCCAAAACACUACGAAUUAGUUCGUAAAGACUUACUAGUCCGAAACAUAAAGAAAUACCGCAAAGAAUUAGAAAAAGAAGGAAACCCUCUAGCGGAAAAAAGUGAAUAUACUCAAGGUGAUCACAAAGGCACUCGCUAUGUGCAUUUAGAUUUUAUUCCAGCAACCUAUGUCUUGCCUUCAGAUUAUAAUCUGUUCGUGGAGGAAUACCGACGCUAUCCAAACACUACAUGGAUCCUCAAACCAACAAGCAAAUCGCAAGGAGAAGGCAUUUUCCUCAUAAACAAUUUGUCAAGACUAAAGAAAUGGUCUCGAGAAUCAAGGAUAUACUUACAGCAUCGAUUCACCAACAAGGACUCUUACGUUAUAUCGCGCUACAUAGAUAAUCCGCUUUUGAUUGGAGGGAAGAAAUUCGAUUUGCGGAUUUACGUCCUCGUUACGUCUUUUCGGCCUUUAAAGGCUUACAUGUUCCGACAAGGCUUUUGCAGGUUCUGUGCGAUGAAGUACGAUUCGAGUGUGGCUGAACUGGACAACAUGUACGUGCAUCUGACGAAUGUGAGCGUUCAGAAGCAUGGUGAAGACUACAACCGUUUGCAUGGCGGCAAACUUGGUAUUCAAAAUUUAAAGUUAUAUUUAGAAGGUACGCGUGGUCGGGAAGUAACUGAGCGGUUGUUUUGUGAGAUACAAUGGCUUAUAGUGCAUUCGCUAAAAGCUGUGGCGCCGGUUAUAGCGAACGACCGCCAUUGUUUUGAAUGUUAUGGUUACGAUAUUAUUAUAGAUGCGGAUUUGAAGCCGUGGCUUAUCGAAGUGAACUCGUCGCCGUCGACGACACCGACGACGAGGAACGACGGUAUCCUGAAGAGGAAACUGCUGGAGAAUAUGCUGUCUGUGAUACUUCCUCCCAACGGGAUACCUGAUGCUCGCUGGAAGAAGACGCCGAGCGACAAAGCUUUGGGGGACUUUGAACUGUUAAUAGAUGAAAGUAGGUUAUGUACAGAAGAGUCAUAGGUGUGCCUAAAAAUAUGUUUAAACAAGCAUAUUUGAUUUGAAAUAUUUCUUUAAUGUGAACAACGAUAUAAAUACAUACUUAUUAUGUAU